AUGGUAGCGGGGUUCUCCAGAAAGUUCAAGUCCGAGCCGUCCAAGCUCUACACGCCCCAAGCCCGCCCUUUGCGAUCCCCUGCGGCACCUCCUGUACGUUCUUUCCUUCAGACUAAACUUCUCGACAUCGACUCAAUCAGCAUCUCCCCGCACAAUGCUCGACAGAAAUCGCCCAACCGCUCGAUGGAUAUCCCGCCGCCGUUUUGUCCCAACUGUCUCGAUGAGGUCCCAUGGAGGCGGGUCUCGUCUAACGAGAACGGGAACCGCGGUCGCGUUUUCGCAUCGUGCAAGAAAACUGUCAAUUCGAAUACCAGCAUCCCGUGCAACUUCUUCCAAUGGUACCCUGGGUCCCGCCCUGCAUCGCAAUCCGUCUCGCCCACUCUCCCCUCCGCCAGUCAACUGCAGCCUUCUGUUCCCCUUUUUACUCCGUUGAUCCAAUUUCAGCCCCUCACUGCGCAGCCUGAUCAGGUUGAAUGCAAGACGAAUGGCUGCAAAUCGACCCGUAUCCGGAAAGGGUGCCCACACCAGCGCCGCAAGAACCACUGCCGCGAUGAAGGCGGAUGUGCGUCUCAUGCCAACCUGAAGCCCAAAACCACCAAUGCCAUCCCAUCUCUUACCCCACACUCUUUUGCGACCCAACCCACUGCAACCCCUCCCUUGACAAACCGCGCCAGUUCUCAUCCCUUUAUCCCGCCCUGCUCCGACGCCUGCCACGAGCGAGCCAAAUAUUCAAGCUGGCCCCACUCCCACAUGGUUCCCGUCUUCACAGAGAGAUGGGCCAUAGAACAUAGGCUGCGCGAGGACCGGCGGAAGCGCGAUGAAGAGAGGCUGGUGAACGCGCGGAAGGCGAAGCAUACAGUCUUCGUGUACGCAUGGGUUGAGGAUGGGUUUACAUGGCCCCUUCUCGUCUUCAAUGACAGCUUGCUCUCACAAGCUGGUAUGGCUGAUGCCGUCCGUCUCAACCUCUUCCGCCCGUCAGUGGGAAUGUGGUCCAUCAUCAAACGCGGGCUGGUCAUGGACCUGACGACGGAGGGCAACCGAGUCUUCGUCAAGACCCUGGAUUUCUAUGAGCAUGCGAAAAUUGAUGGUGGUGAUCAAGAGGCAUCUGCUACUCAAACCGCACGGGCUUUCCGUGACAAUGCCCACCAAGAAGACUGCUUCAUGCAGAAAUGUCCUGAGCUCAGGAACUUGCGUAAAGCACCGCACUUUACCUCAAUCCUGACCCCUGGCUCUCGUGCAGUGACGAUUAACCCUUUCAGUGCCGUUGAUGUUCUCGACCGAACACAUCCAGGGCUCAAGAGCCUCGAGGACGAGCAGGUGUAUCCGGAACACGACCACAACACGCUGGACAUACCGGAUUCCAAAACUACACCGAAAGGACCUUUGCUGGAUAUCGCACGGAAGAGGGCUAUGCGACGCGUUCCGAUGUCAUAUUUGACUGCGACGAACAAGGCUCGCAUGGGUGCAAAACGGUACACGCGUUGCCAGAUCACCCGGGGUAUGAAGGUCGCAUUGAACCUCAUUGUGACGCGAGGGCCUUAUUUCGGAGACCCUGCAUUGAAGAAUGAUGGCCAAGCGAAGGAGGACCUGGGAUCCUUGAGUGUUAAGAUUAAACCAAAGCGCCUACUUGUACGAUCUGACGAAGAAGAAGCGAGGUCGAUGGGCAGGAAACGGAUUAUGCAAGGCUAUGUCGAAGGACAAUCUCCUCGGCCACCUGAAUUAUCGGAGGAGCCCGUCAAGCCGAAACUUCCGGUCUCAAAGCCCCAACCCAUCCGGCCCACUUCUGCGCUGAAGAAAGUUGUCACAACCUUCGAUAACAACAAGUGGAAGAAAGAGCUGAUGGACGGGCUGGCCUUACUCCAAAAACAUUGA